AUGUUUGGGGGGCGAAACUUUGAGCAGGCGACCUGCAUGCUCUCGAAACAGGACAUCAACUACGACACAUCCUUAACGGUGGUGUUUGACAGUAGCAAUCCACGGGAUCUGCGUUACGAAGUGUACGACGUGUCGGGAACUGUCAAACGCCGUGGAGGAAAAGUCAAGUUUCAGCUGUUGGGCGUAACGUCCUCGCUAGACACGAUCCUUUCUAAACCCGAACCCCGAACGCAGGAUUUAAGUGACAUCGAGCUCCGGGCCGCAGUAUCGACGCUCAAUCUCCAUCAGCCACACCCGUUCAUUGAAAAGCUGAACUCUGUCGAGAAACCCAAAUCCUACAGCGCCACCACCCACAGCUACAUGCUGGUGAAACUGCUUCAGAGGAAGCUCAAUUUCAAGCUGAAAUUGAUCCUUACGGAUGAUUGGCGGUUCGAUCUCAUUGGCCAUAACUCGUCUCGUGGGAUCGUGGGCCAGCUGCAGACCACCUCGGCCGAUUUUGCGAUCACACCGUUCGGGUUGACAACAGAGCGUUUGCCAAUGUUCGAUUCCACCAUUGAAAUCGCCCGGGGAACCUUCUACACCGUCUUUCGGCACCCGAAAAGUUUGAAUGAAAGCAACAUUUUCCUGCUCCCGUUCGAAACGCUCCUGUGGGCCUGCAUCGUCCUGACGUUCACCGUUGUGGCAAUUAUCCUGGGCUUUGCGGCCGUUUGCAACCGCCAAAAAACGGGACGCUCCUACACCGAACUUCUCGUAGAGCAGUCACUGUUGGGCACGCUGGGCAUGCUGUGCCAGCAGGGGUUUAACCUCUCCACGGGCGUAUGCUCAAACAGGAUACUGACGCUCGUGACGAUGUGCUUCUCGCUGUUGUUGGUACAAUUUUACUCCUCCUUUAUCGUAGGUUAUCAGCUCAUUAGCCCACCGAAAACGAUCACCACGCUGGAGAAGCUUCUGCACAGCAACCUGAAGAUGUCGGUUGAGAAUCUAAGCUAUCAGUUGGACUUUUUUCAACGCACUAGAGUCCCGGUUGCGAUGCAGCUGUACGAGAGAAAAAUUCUGCCCAACAAGUACGGCUUCGUGAACUUGACUUUCGGCAUACAACUAGUCAAGCAAGGAGGAUAUGCCUUUCAUUGCGAAACCUCGUACGGAAACGAGCUCAUCAUAGAAACCUUUACCGAGCAGCAAAUUUGUGAGCUGCAGCAGCUGCAACUCUACCCGCAGCGUUCAGUACACCUGCCCAUGAUCAAGGGAAGCCCGUUGCGCGAACUUUUCAAGAUAAAUCUACAACUGCUAAAGGAAACCGGACUGCUGGCGUACUAUCACUCGCGGAACUACAUCCCGCGACCGAAGUGUAACAAGAAAAGCAACACAGCCGAACAAGUCUAUCUGGCCGAUGUGAGGUUCGCGUUUCUGCUGCUAGCUGCUGGAAUGGCCGCAAGCGUGCUUGUUUUGCUGUGGGAAUUGAUCCUUGCGCAAGUUCGGCGUUGGUACGACCGCAAAACACUCUCUAUUCCGAGGGAUUUCGUGUGGCUCAACUAG